GUUUACAGGUGUAUUGGGCCCCAAAACGGCGAACCAAGCGGGGCCGAAGGGUUUCUCUAUCCAUCGUCCCCGCCGCCGCCUGCUCGCUAACCUUUCGUCCAAGCCGCCGGAUCGCCACAGCAGCCGCCGGCCCCCGCGGCGCCGCCACUGGCCAGCGGCACAAAUCGCCCGCUGCCCACCGCCCACGGACGACCAGCCCACCGGCACACAGCAGCACGCGGACGGCGAGUUGGCCGACCCACGACCCCACGCCGCACGUAUUUUGCUCUGACUGAGUGGCAAGCAAGGAGGGCAGGAGCGUGGAUCAGAUUGGAGGAGAAAUCAUGACUGGAAAGGAAGAGCAGAAGUCUCGCAAGGAGAAGCGAAAGGAAGCGAGAUCGGAGAAGCACAAGCUGCGGUUUCUCUCUUGGGUUCAGCACCAGGGUGGCAAAAAUAAGAAGACGACAGUGGUGUCCAUGGAACCUAGUCCAGCAGAGGAGGUAAAACCAAAGAAAGAACCCAAGAAGAGGAGGAGGGAGCCUGAGGAUAGCCACAAGCCCAAGUCCAAAUUCCAGGAGUAUCUUGAAAUGGAGAUGGGUGGUGCUGCCGUGGGCAGAGAGGAGGAUCUGGAGAUGGAGAAGAAGCUUGCAAAAAAGCUCAGGGUGAAAAAAGGAAAGCUGGGAGGUCCAGAUGAUGGUAUGGACGAUCUUUUUGCGGACCUCGGAUUUUGCGGUGACUAUGGUUCGGAUGGUGAAACAAAAGAUACUAAACCAGAAAAGAAAAAACGGAGCAGGAAAAAUAAGAAUGUGAAAGAUGAUGCCAUGGAGGAGGGCAGUGGGAAGGUAGUGGAUGAUAAUAAGGUAGACAAGAAGAAAAAAAAGAGGAAAAAUAAGAAAGUGAAGGACGAUGCUUCGGAGGAACCAGGUGGUGGAGGUGUGGAAAUGGCUGAAGAAAGUGAUGUAUCAGUUCACGAAUCUGAGGAUGAAGAGCCUAAUGUGGUUGAAACACCCCCGGUGUCAAAGGCGAAGUAUGUACCUCCUAGUCUCCGUGCUAUUUCUAGUUCAGAAUCAGAAGAAAUCUCUCUGUUACGCCGGAGAGUGAGAGGACUUCUGAACAGGCUUUCGGAGUCCAAUGUGGAGUCUAUUACUCAGGAAGUUGCUGCAAUUUUUCGUUCGGUUCCACGAGGUGUUGGCUGUCAGUUAAUUGGUGAUGAAGUUUUGGCAAGUUGUUCCCGGGGACCUCGUGGAAACGAACAGUAUGCUGCUGUAUUUGCAGCCUUUAUUGCUGGUAUGACAUGCUUGGUUGGUAUGGACUUUAGUGCCAAAAUCCUUUCCUCUCUUGCGAAAUCUUUUGAGGAUGAGCACUCAAAAGACGAUGGGUUAUCAGUGAGAAAUCUUAUGUUACUUUUCUCUUAUUUGUGCAUAUUCGACGUCAUUGCAUGGUCUGUGGUCUCACUGGAACCUAUAGCGUGCUCUUUUUUAUAUAAACAUGUCAGAGUAAGUUCUGAUGAUUUUGUUUAUUGUUGCAGCGAUCUUGUGUAUGAUCUUCUCUCAGUGCUGAGUGAGCGCUUGACAGAGCUGGAUGUCUCAACAGUGUUAACCAUCCUGCAGUGCUGUGGAAUGAAGCUGCGGGGAGAUGACCCAGGUGCAAUGAAAGAUUUUGUACUCAGCAUUCAGAACUCGGUAAGGCAGUCCAAAUUGCGCUCAGCUGGCCGAGAAGAUGGAAAAGCAGAUCUACAUAGUAAACGAAUGGAGUUUAUGCUUGAGACGAUAUGUGACAUUAAGAACAACAAGAAAAGGUCCAAAGAGGAUCCUUCACAGCAUACCCGUGUAAAAAAGUGGCUUCAAAAGCUAAAGUCAGAAGAUAUCCUCUUGCGCGGGCUAAAAUGGAGUAAGCUGUUGGAUCCUGAGAAAAAAGGGCAGUGGUGGUUGUCAGGGGAUGUAUCGUCCACAGCAGGCAAUGUUGAAGAUGUUGCAGCAGUUAUCAGCAAGGAGGUUGUAGAGGCACAGAAACUGGUUCAGCUUGCAGCCGCCCAGCGGAUGAACACAGAUAUACGAAGAGCAAUCUUUUGCAUCAUAAUGAGCGCUGAAGACUAUGUAGACGCUUUUGACAAGAUCCUGAGGCUGGACCUAUCUGGGAAGCAGGAUCGAGAAAUUAUGAGAGUCAUUGUUGACUGUUGUCUGCAAGAAAAGACUUUCAAUAAAUAUUACACAGUCCUUGCCUCCAAGCUAUGCAGCCAUGAUAAGAAUCAUAAGUUCAGUUUACAGUACUGCAUCUGGGACCGUUUUAAGGAGCUAGAUGAGAUGGAGUUGAGUCGGUCCAUGAACCUUGCAAAACUAGUUGCAGAGAUGCUCGCAAACUUCUCCUUGUCGCUAGCAACACUGAAGGUUGUCAACCUGGCGAACCCAGUGGAGAUGACCCCCAAAAAGACCAUGCAUUUCAGGAUGAUGUUUGAGACCUUGAUGCAGAAAGAAGACUCGCUUAUGUGGAACGUCUUUACCCGUAUCGCUGGGAACCCGGAGCUCGAGCUCUUGAGAGAUGGAAUCGUGAUGUUCGUCCGACAGCAUGUGAUCGCCAAAGACGCAGGGAAGGAGUUGGCUGGCAAAUUCAAGAUCGCCAAGAAGGCGCUUGAUAACUCUGCUGGAGUUUUGAUGUAAUUUGUCCGGCGUGUCUUCCCUGUCUCGGUUACAUGACACGCGGGCUCUCAGUUUUGUUCGGUAUUCUGAGGAAAUGUAGACAGAUCGUUUUUGUACCCUACAUGAUGAUUUCUUUGAAUUGAUGAUGCAAAUUUGUAUUGUUCCAUAAAAUUAAUGGUCAUUAUUACAUACUAUACAAA